CAUAUUUGAACAAGGCACUGAUGAGGUGCAAUCAGCGUUUAAAUACGCAAUGCUCAAUCACAAUCUCAACGUAUCGUCACGCCGAUUCGAGCUGCAAGCGUACGUGGAUGUCAUCAACACAGCAGAUGCAUUUAAAUUGUCGCGCUUAAUAUGCAAUCAAUUUUCGCGUGGCGUUUAUUCUAUGCUGGGUGCCGUAUCACCGGAUUCAUUUGAUACAUUGCACUCGUACAGCAAUACAUUUCAAAUGCCAUUCGUGACACCAUGGUUUCCAGAGAAAGUAAGCCGGAAUUUCUGUACAUAACAUAGAAAAAUUACACACAUAUAUGUAUGAAAAAGAACGAUGAAUGUGAGAUG